CCAACUAAACUGCGCGGCCAGAGGUUCAAUACAAAAAUUUAGACGGCGAUUUGUACGACGAUCGAACCGCAACGCACCACGUCAAGACCACCGUGACACUCGGCAGUCGAUUUCGUAGGUUCCAACACUCGACCCAGAAUCGUCGAUACUGUCGUCAGCGUUUUUGCACACAUACUGCACAAUGGCAGCUGCCGCUCCUCCUCGCGGCCUUGCGCCCAACGCGUCACUACCCGCCAAGGUCGCGACGAUCUCUCCGAACCAGACACUCUACGUAACGAACCUUCCGUCCAACAAGAUCCAGAAGCAAGACCUGCGAACCGAACUCUACCUGCUCUUCUCAACUUACGGCCCCGUUCUCGACAUUGUUGCCUUGAAGACCAUGAAGAUGCGAGGGCAAGCGCACAUCACCUUCCGCGAUGUACAAACAGCAACCCAAGCCAUGCGCUCGCUUGAAGGCUUCGAGUUUCUCGGCCGCCCUCUGACUAUCCAGUACGCCAAGUCAAAGUCCGACUUCGUUGCCAAGCUGGACGGCACGUACAAGAUGCCGAAUUCGACGGCUGGCGCUUCUAGCACCGAGGUGACGGACCUCCAGAAGAGCAUCUUCAACGCCCCAGCACCCGGUACGGCGUCAGGAAGCGCCGCGCCAGGAAGCGCUGCGGCGAAGCCCUCGGCCUCGGGCGACCAGCCCAUGGGCGAUGCGCAGGCAUCGGACGCGAGGGGCCAGAAGCGGACGAGAGACGAGGAAGAAGACGAGGACAGUGACGUUGCCAUGGAAGAGGACAGCGACGACGAUUGAUCCACUCCUGGAGGGUCUUGCGAAGCAGUUUAACAAGGGCGAGAUGACGGGAGGACAAAGGCGGCGUGAUUCAGCCGGUCGAAUCCAUCAUGGCCAUCUCUUUAGGCACCCAGAGCCCCACGCAUCCGCCGACCAGGCCGAGCCAUAGCAUCAUAUACUGCUCUUUGGAGCAGUUGAAGCCCGACAUGGCGUCUCCGAGAAGGCAUGGAUGGAUAAAGAAUGAGGGUAGUCCCGUGAGGGGGUGGUGCUGCAAGCUCAUGUCUGAAGGGCACUCACGUCGCCGGAGAUCCCUCCAAUGCCGCCGGUCCUCCGCAGGGCAUCCUUGAACUGAUCGGGCACCAGUCGCCGGAAGACAGUGUCGAGGUUGAAGGCGGGCUCGUCGGCUGGCAGCCCGUGCAACGUAAACCAUAAGCACGGCAUCCGAUACGUAGGAUGCAGGUGCACUUCAUAGACAACGUGUCCCGAGUCUGGCACGCGGGGUUUCGCGAGAGCAGCCUAGACGUGCUACAAGGUCAGGGAGCCGGCCACAGUGAGACAAUGUCGAGGGUAUUACCUCGUCAGACUCCUCGGCAUCAAUCAUAGCCUCAUCGUCCAGUCCAAGUGCGUCUCUUUCCGAACUGCCAUUCAUGAAAGAAAACUUGUCCAGAAUUGAGGAGAGAUCCCCGCAGUCUAGCGUCGUCUCCAGCGGCCGGAUGAUCUGCAAAUAUGUCGUGUAUUCAACUCCAGAGGCAAACGUUGUGUCGAGGGCCGUGCACACCCUCAGCUUCCAGCGUUGCCGCAAGGGACCCAGUGUUGCGCGGCAAUAUUGGCUGUCGAAGUGAUGGCACACCUCGGAAAACUCGUCCGGGGUCAAGAAAGGGAAGUCUCUGAACACCAUGGUCUGGGAAGUCGUUGUAGGCACCGAUCACUCUUGGAAGCGAUUUCGUCUCGUUGACGACAUAAAACGACAUGAAAUAUCUCAGUGAUACCCGCGAUGAGUAACUCCGGGAUGAAUGGGAUAUGGAUAAGUUGGUCUCGCUUUGCUCCGAGCGAAUUCUCCUAAGCGAAGUUUGACGAGUGUUUUUGCGAUGAGUGCUUUCUGACGACGGUCUCCAAGGAGCCGUUCCGUUCCGGGACCUGCACCGAGUCGAUCUCGGAGAUGUUAAUGCGGCAAACCUUAGUUUUUAGUUCUCCGGGACACGGUCCCCGUUUGGAGACGAUGAGGUGCUGGCCGACUUUUUGUGUCCUUC